AUGAAAAGAGGUUUUGAGUACGCACCGACGAAAUGCAAUGAUCAUAAGAUAACCGCACGAUGCCGUGUCUCAGAUUGUCCUUGGAGAAUAAAGGCGCGUCACGUACCAGGAAUUGCUCAAUGGUGGGUGAAGAAAUUUGAUUUGCAACACACUUGUAGUAGGGCAAUAGGGGGAUUAGGCCACAGGAAUUGUGAUGCGGCUUUUAUAGCAGCAUUUGUUAGGGAGCAGGUGGUGGCAAACGAGAAAUACACGUCGAAGAUGGUUCAGACCGAAAUUCUUCGGCAGCACGGCAUAAAAAUUUCAUACUGGAAAGCCUACCGGGCCAGAGAAUUGGUCCUUCAAGAGGUGCGCGGCGAUUUCGAUGGCUCGUUCGUUCUACUUCCCUCUGAUUCGAGCAUUCAGGAAGCACUGCAGGCCGCUGAUUGGUCUGGGUGGUACGUUAUUGCACUAUUACGAACCUUCCUAACUGGUAAGUUUAGAGGUUGUCUGCUUACGGCGUCAUGUAUUGAUGGAAAUAACUGCAUAUUGCCAUUGGCGUGGGCAGUUGUUCAAGGUGAAAAUCGCUAUUCCUGGCACUGGUUUCUGGAACAGUUACGGGAUGGCGUCGUCGGUGAUCGCGACUCCAGCAGAGCAAACAAUGUACUUACUAUCGUUUCCGACCGCCAAAAGGGAUUGAUUGAUGCUGUAUCCGAUGUUUUUCCGGAUGCAGCUCAUGGUUAUUGA